AAUUUUGUUGUUUGUCAUUGGUCCAGUCUGUUGAUUGGGUCGCUUCAGACACUAAAAAUAAAGCUGUUUUGUUAUUUUACGAAGCUGAUUACCUGUUCAGCGAACUAUGUUGCAGUUAAAAGAAUCAAGGCUGGAAUUUUCAUUAAAUGUUAGAUUUAAGUAAUAUUGAAGGUGAUUCUGCCUUUUCCAGCGCAAAUUGCCAGAGUAUGGCUUCGUCGAGCAGCGAAAACUCCCAGUGGCUUUCAGUAACAGAGGAGACGUUAUUUUUGCAUGACGGCUUGUUACGGGUGACUGAUUUGGUGGAACUGCCAAAAGACGUUGAGAAUUGUGGUUCUAGAGACAAUGAAGUUGUUUCUUUUGAUUCCAAAGACCCGGAGGAGUUAAGUGCAAAAUUGCUGGAAAUUUGUGGGACGAGGAAUAAUUCUUUCAGCACCUUGUUGGAGUAUCGGCUGAAUGCACUGAGGGGGCUGUGGAAAGCUCACAAUUCCUUCAACAGAGAAGACCAAGGAGACCGGGAGCCGACAUCACAAGACGAUGCUAUAGCCCUUCUAAAAAAGCAAGGCUUGCUGAAAGAGUCUGAUCAAGCCUCCUUUUCAACCCGUAUCAGCCUUCUUCUCAUCUUGCCUUUGCUUCAGUCUCAAAGUAAAACUGACCCCGAGCUAUGUGCAGUGACGUCUGGUGUGAUUCUCACCUGUUUGCGUGAUUGUCCACCCCUAAGUCUAGCGAAAGAACCUGGAGAUUGUCUAAAUGGCUUGGAAUCCUUGCUUUGUGGAUGGCUUGGAGAACAAUCCGAAUCUUCAGGAGCAGUCCACUGCGCUCAGGAUAAGAAACAUCAAGAAAAUGCUGCAGCUGCUUUGGUUGCGCUUGCUUGUGCCAGAGGUCACGUGAAGACGUUCAUUCAUGCAGUGCACCUCCUGCAGCAGCUGGCGGACUUCCCUCCUCUCCCAGUCGCUGAUGUUCUGUCCUCUCUCCUGGAGUGUGAGGGCUCACAAGGGCUCAUCUCCUCCUUUCUUGGGUCCAGAUACAUUCUUAGCUGGGGCUUGGAUGAUCUCUUGGGGCCGAGCAGUGCAGAAGCUGCUGCCUCUGAGUCCAAAGAAAGUAAUGAGAAGGAUAAAGAGAAAGACCAAGAACUGGGCAGGAGCGUCACUACGGAUGGCUCUUUCCUCUACACCACCAACAGUUUUGGCAAAGGUAUCGCCAAAGUUGGCACUGGACUUCGAGGCACUCUCAGGGGCUACGUGUACAACAAGACAACAGACGUGGGGCCUGGGCGCCUGGCCUACGGUGGACUGGGUAUGCUGCUGUUCCGACCCCAGAAGUACGACCUGACAGCGGAGACUGCCAACUUUGUACAGCUGAUAGACAAGAACUCUCUAGAGCCUAUAAAGGUGAUCCCCAAACCCAAGGUUUUCCUCCAGCCCGGUCUGUGCACGACCGUGGGUUUCUGCAGCGAUGGUGUCUAUCUCUACUGGUUGUGGUGUCCGGCUGCGCUUCAGGACAAGAACGCCAAAGGUGUCAGCGUCAAUGUCAAUGCUUUCACCAUAGAGAAGGAUCUAGAAGUGCGACCGCUGCGCAUGAGUGUCAGCCUGCAGAAGAAGGAGGAAGUGGUCCACAAGAACAUGAAUGAGGCUAUCCUGAACCGACUGCGCCCCCUGAGGGGCUCCAACAGCGCAGCCACCCUCAUGGCUCUGACUGGAGGCGAGACUUUCAUCUCUCGGAAGGAUGACGCCCCUAGCAGUGCUGGCAGCACCAGCUGUGGUCUGCCUCUCAAGACCCUGGUUCGAACCCCGAUGUAUUGUGACGGAAACCACUUAGUCAUGCUGACCACAGCCCCUGGCACUGCUCCGGGAGGGGUCAGUCGGUCACUCUUUGGUGGUGGAGGACCUAUGCCUAACCUCAGAUCUCUAGCCAGCAACAUGUGUUUCAACGUGAAAACGGGCUACUUCAGCGCCCGCAUGGACCUGAUGGAAGCCCCCUCCAGCUCUGUGGGCCGCGGGACCCCGCUGACGGGCAUAGGUGCAUGCUUCGACAUCAGCAACAACCUGCUGUGGAUGUCCAGCGGCGAGUAUGUUGACCAGUUCCAGAACCCCGGCAACCUCCCACCCCACCACGUCCAGUCCCGACUGGGCAUCUCGGACACCAGCCUGCCCGUCAGCCUUGAUGGCAGCAAACUUGUCCCUGUGUCUGUUGUGACCAGCACCCUCCUCCACAACGUGAGCAGCAUGUGUCUGCACCAGAUGACCUGUGAGUCCACUCAGAGACUGGCAGCCUCGCAGAGCCAAUCGGGCGCGGCUGGUGGUGGUAGUGGUGGGGCGGUCGGAGGGGACUCACAGCAGCGCCAGCAGCAGCAGCAGCAGCAACAUCUGCAACAGCAGCAGCAACAACAGCCGCUGGAUAUCUACCAUCUGAGUCGAGUGACGGACGUGUUGGCCAGGGCUAUCGCCGACCAGGACGAGCAGGCAGUCAUUUGUUGCCUGGUUGUGCUGCAGCUUAUCUUCAAGACCAACCCAACUAAGACGGACAAUGCCCAAACUGAUGAACAAAUCAAAACCUCAAGUCUUCCUUUUCCCUGUGCAUCCUUUGCCCUUUAUGAGGGCUCUAGUGGUCGAGUGAGUUCUCCACCUCUCUCUCUACCACUCCCCUCUCUCUCACUCUCUAUCUCUCUCUCUCUGUUUAUCUCUCUUUUUCCAGGAGAAGACAACCGAGCCCUACUACAACUGCGUGACAUGCUGCUGACAGAGUUCUCUACCCUGCUCCAGCUACAACAACCAGAGUCCCCGGACACCUCCUCUCUGCCCUCUCUCUUGCUGUCCGACGACCUUGUGUCCUUCAUCCUGAAGCUUGCGGUCAAAGAGUCGUGUACUCUUCUGAGACAGGCCCAAGCCUGCGACAAGGAGGGCUUUCAGAAGAUGAUCGCCAAUCUGCCGCUGGCCUCACCGGCAGUGCAGUACCUGGCAUCACUGAGGUCCUACUACCUGCGCUGUGCCGUGCUACACACGUCUGCUGAUGGGGAGGAGGUGAAGGACAGACGGGAGACACAACCACUGGAGGACAUCCAGGCCGCGGUCCUGAGCCUUUCCUCCAAACUGAUCGACGGGGCUUGCCAGGUUCUGGAGGCCUACCUGACCACCUGCAAUGCUGUGCUUGGCGCGUGCGACAGCGGUGGAGAGAUAGAGGGCUGGCUGUCUGGCCUGGAGCGUCUAGCCAAGAGCACCAUCCUAGGGUCUCUGAUGCCCGUUCUGAUCACCGUGCUGACCCACCGCAAGCUCCAGUGUCUGGAUGUGGCACACGCUCUCACACCUUCGCUAGUCACGCUGAGCCUUAUGGCUAGUCAGGCGGCGCUGAUGAUGAAGAGUCAAGAGCUGGCAGCCAGCACCUCCAUGGCCUCAGUCUCCGACCUUGACCUUAGCUCAGACAAGGAGAUUGCUGAUCUCAUCGGUGAAGCCCUCAGUACUGACCAGAGUGAGAUGUCUGUGGAGGAGGAGGAGGGUUUCCUGACAGGCCUCAAGAUCCCCACACCGUGGGCCUCUGGUAAGACUGUGGAGACCAUCCACCCGGUGCGAGACAACUACAAGUUCAAGGAGACGGUUCACAUCCCGGGGGCCAGAUGUCUCUACCUCAGGUUCGACCCGCGAUGCUCCUCGCAGUACGACUAUGAUAAGGUUGUGGUGUAUGCAGGUCCAGGCGUGAAUGGAAAGAAAGUGACAGAGUAUGGAGGAAAUUCAUUUGGCUAUGGAAGUCGUAGUGUGCUGGGAAAUGGCUGGCCUAAGGACUUGGUGAAGGUGGAGGGAGAUACAGUGACCUUGACCUUUGAAAUGCGCAGCGGUCGGGAGCACAACACGCCAGACAAGGCUAUGUGGGGGUUUGCCUGCACCAUCAGGGCACAGGAGUCAGCAGAAGAAGUAAGCCCCGGCCUGCCGUUCCUGUCUGACCUAGCCCUAGGUCUGUCUGUGCUGGUGUGUACACAACUGGCCCUGCUCUACCACGGACCCCCGCAGACACGAGCUGAGAUAGACUGUCAACAUCUGCUCAAGUCAAAACUGCUGCAGAGAUGUGUAUGGAAAACGGAGACAUGCAAUGAGUCAGGAGGGGAGAAGGCCUCUUCGGAGAAAUCUUCCACCUCUGCGGGUCACCUCCUUCUCUUAUCUUCCUCCUCUUCCUCAUCCUCAUCCUCCUCCUCCUCUUCCUCACCACGAGGCAAGCCAGACACGGCUGAGGGAGGGGCCCUGGGCAGUCCGCGACUUCCCCGUAUCAAGCUGUCCCUGGACGUGAUGGAGGGGCUGCGCAAGUUGGCCAAGAGACAGCCGGUCAGGAUGAGACCCUCCAUUAGGUCUGUGGUCCAGAUGGAUGUGAUGGAAGAGUGUGUGGUCUCAGCAAUCGCCAAACACCUGGGCCUGACAGACUCGGUGCGGGACCUAAAGGGCGUGGCCUCCAAACAGGGGGAAGAACUGGCCGCCCUGACCAUCAUUCUGGAGGAAACGUACCGCAGGUUCGACGUCCUCAUGAGGCAGCUGCAGAUCAUGGCAGAGCUAGAGAAGCGCUGGGAGACAGAGGUGGAGGAUAAAGCGUCUGUGACGGUCAGCACGGAUCUUAUCCCGAGCUCGGACCCAGAGCCGCCUUUCUUUCACGAUUACCACUUGCAGGAGGUUCGUCACAAGGAGCUCACGAUCCUAGCUUUUGUAAAGGAAGUAGCUGUGGAUUCGGCAGAUAUGGAGUCUACUGUGAAGAACCUUCUAGAAAAGUUUGAGGCUGAGGUGGAAUCUCUGCGGUCUGUGUCUUCCCUGAGAGACGAUGACACCACAUCCCCUGCAACAGCGACAACGACAACGACAACAACAACAACGAUGGCCAAGAGCCGGCAGGUGGUGUCUGGAAUUCUGUCUCGGCUGGAACUGCUGCUGCAUGUGAACAGUGUGCCCGUAGAUGCUGAGUCAGCACUUACCAGGACCUUAUCUCACACACAGGGCUUUAAAGAGGAUCUGAUGGUGAAGUCUGACACGGAUGUGUUGAGACCUGUCCAAGGUUUUGGCCGGAGCAUGUCGGCACCCGUGGGCAUGGACCCUGAUGAGUCAUCACACUUCAAACAUCAGAGGUGGCGGCAAGGAGAGAAGUAUCGGCGCACGACCUCAAUACUGCAGGACUUGGUGGACGAUGGGGAUGGCGAUAAACCGCCGCACGUCAUAGUCAUAGACCAGCUGUUUGCCUUCAUAGGGAGUGACCCGGAGAAAGCAGUCUCCUGUAGUCAGUUCCUGCAGGCCGCCCAGGACCGCUACAAGCGAGGCUGUAUCCGCAAAACAUCCUUGACCCACAUCAAAGACCUUUUGGCAGCUGCUGCGCAUGUGGGUGGGGCCACUCAUCUGGUGGCUGCUGUGGCUUCAGUUUUGAGACAUGGACCUAGAGUGGAAGAGUUGCGGUGCGGUGGGAUGGUGAGUGAGGUGCGCGAGGCAUUUGCCGAGGCCAUGAGCUCAGUGGUGCAGUUGGCUGCUCACUACCCCAUCGCCAGUGCCAGUAGUAUUGGCCUUCUCUGUACCAUCCCAUACACGAGAGCGGAAGAGAAGUGCCUGGUUCGCUCAGGUCUGGUCCACUUACUUGACCGUCUCUGCAGUCUGGGCAGCCACCGUGCAGACGGGCUGGGGGCGGAGACACAGACACCCAGACAGAAGGUCUCGGCGCUAGCGUGGGCCGGCUUCCAGGUGUUGGCCUCUCGCUGUGUCAAGUGGGAGGUGGAAGACAACUCCCAGGUGGAAGAUCUGGAGCACUCUGGCCUGGCCAAGCAAGUGUCGAUGCUGCUGACCCACCACCUGGCGCGGGCCACAGAGGGCAUAGGUCACGCCAUGGCCGGCACUGAGGCUCUGCAGGAGGUCCUCAGUCUGCUCAAUAACUUGUCCAGGAGUAAGAUGGGCAAAGCCAUCCUUAGCCAGCCAGCUUGUGUGUCCAAACUGUUGUCGCUUCUCUUGGACCAGAGACCGUCCCCCAAACUAGUCCUGAUCAUCCUUCAACUGUGCCGAGUCUCCCUGCCCCUCAUGAACACGGGCGACUGUGAGGAAGUGGAACUCCCAGCCUGGGGCCAGCAGCUCUACUCCAGCCACUGGAGCACUGCCCAGCCCGUCUCUGACCCACCUGCAAAGAUCAUCUGUCUGCUCCUGGCCAAGCUCGGGGACUUCCUGGUGCCAGGUGACCAAGUGCUUCUAUCCAGCCGGUCUCCGUCACAAGAUUCCUCGCUGCCGGGCCGUCCAUCAAAAUCUGGCGAGUUGGACAAGACGGAGGACAGCGAUGUGCAACGCGGCAAGUUGUCGGUUUUUGUGCACAAGCGAGAGGACCAGGCCUCCCAUGACAUCAUACAGCCCCUGCUCAGCUGUGAGAAUCGCCCCUUCCGACUGGUUGGCAACACCAACAUGGACAAAGUGUUACGUCUGGACAGAGAAAUUGCCAAGAACGGCAAGGCAGAAUUGAGUACAGAAGACGCGGUGAAUGCCUUCAAGAAAGCCUACAAGUGGGCUCAGAUGGGCCUGGUUAUCUCCACUGCCCCGCCCACCGACACCAGCACUGCCGAGAACAACAGCGGCUCAGACAAAAAGAAGACAGCUGCGGAGGUCAUCUGUAAGGAGAAAAACUCAGAGCUGGCCAGGACGGACCCGGUGCGAGCGUUCAUCAGCGGCCAUGUUGCCAACGCGAUGGCGGCCGAGGUGAUCGCCCUGCUCCACAACUUGCUGAGUGCCCAGACAUCGUCCACCGCACACACCUGGUCACAGGCCGUGCACAGGGUCCUGGCUAACGCCCUGUCUGGCCUCCCCCUCCUGCUGGGCUCACUGGACGGCCUGUCCUCCCCCCGGUCGCCUCGCAACCAGUCCAGUCACCAGCUCAUGUCCCUGGCCAAACUGGCCAACGCUGCACUCUGUGCGCUCGGUGGUUUUGAGGAGACGCUGAAGCCUGGCUGUGAGGUCAAGGUGACGGGCGAGGGUAUCAAGGGCACGUUUGGCUCAGUGGUCAACAUCUCGGACCAGAACGACGUGGUCACUGUCCAGCUGAGCGUUGUGGAGGAAGAGGAGGAGGAGUUAUCUCCCCGCUACAGCGACGUCAUCAAAGUACCGCUGAGCAGAGUGCAGCCAGUACGCAACCAGAUGUUCUGUAAGCACCAGCCGGAGAUGAGCGAGGCAGUCAUCUCAGCGGUCAAGUCGGUCAUCCUGCCGGCUGACGAGUCCAUCUCACCGCUGACCCAGACCCUCCACUCGGCCGGAGACGGAAACACCAUGGCCAACCAGAUCUGCCGUGUGGUUGCCGAGAUUCGAACCCGAACCACGCUGGUGCUGUCUCAGUCCCUGAAGGACAUCGAGUUUGCCAAGAAGUUCAUCGAGCACUGCGGCUACUCCAUCGACAUGCUCAAGUCCCUGGCCAAGGACUGCCACACGGGCAGUCGGCUGCCACUGGUGGAGGCCCACUGUCAGAGACUGAGGAUGUUAUACCGAGACUGUGCCAAACCUCCGCCUCCCCCGUGCCGCACCGACAUACGACCUUCCAAGGAGAUGGUGUGGGACGUGGCUCGACCUUUCCCCCCUGCCCGCGCUUGUCUGUUCUCCCAAGGCAUGACAGUGAUUGUGUUCCUGGGUGACCCCAGUGCGGGCGUGGGCCUACCACGCGGCACCAUGAUCUACGCUAACCAGCCCAUUCCUAAGGAGGCUCCUUCCUUCUACUGGGAGCUGGAGGUGGCUUCAUUUGGAGACGCUCAGGACGAGAGUGGCGCUGUUGUCUCAUUUGGGUUUGCUCCUCCUGCCGAGAAGAAAGAUGGGGCCUGGACCAACCCUGUCGGCACCUGCCUGUUUCUCAACACGGGCAAGGCAGUGCACUACAACGGAGCCAGCCUGCUACAGUGGCGCAGCGUGAGGCUGGAGGUGACGCUCAGUGCCGGAGAUGUGGCGGGCAUCGGCUGGGAGAGGACCGGGGACGUGCCGGACAGCUCGCAGACGCCAAAAGGUCAAGUGUACUUCACCUACAACGGUCAGCGACUGUCGGCCUCACUGGACAAUGUGUCUGGAGCUAUGUACCCCGUCGUCCACAUUCAGAAAAAGAACUGCCGCGUCAAAGCCAACUUUGGAGCCCGUCCGUUUGCCUAUGCUGAGGGGCAGCAGCACCGCGACGCAGCUGAAGCAGCCAACGACGUGCUCCGAGACAUUCGCGAGUCGUUCGGCCAUCUUCCCUUCCACGCCGCCUCGGACAGCGAGAGCGACACCACAGAGCCCCCGCAGGCUUCCUCCCCAUCUGAGUCAUCAACCAGGGACAGCCGCACGCCGCCCAGGGCUCCCUGCAGGGUCGCUGAGGCUGCCCCGACUCUUAAAGAAUACGACACAGACGCCAGUCUGAAGUACAAGCUCCUGCCGUGCUACGACAACUUUGUGGUGACGGGCCCCGAGACGCUGCUGGUGCGGCCCGGGGAGGAGGAUUCGGACGACGAGACUGUCUCAGAGGAGGCAGCAGUGGAGGAUCACUACGCCCUGCUGGUCAAGGCCUGGGAGCAGAAGGUGUUCCCUGUCAUCCGCAGAAGGUUCCGGAACGAGGCAGAGAGGAAGGACGGCCUGGAGCAGAUCAGAGGGGCUCUGCAGCUGGGUAUGACUGACAUUGCCAGGCAGACCGUCGAGUUUCUUUACGAAGAAAACGGCGGGAUCCCCCGCGACCUUCACCUCCCCACCAUCGAGGACAUCAAGGAAGACCUAGCUAAGUUCACAGUGGACCGGGUCAAGAAGGGCACGACGGUCAUCGUGCGCACACCGGCCGGCACGGGCAGUGGCCUGGCCACCACACAGCUGCCCAAGUUUGCCGUGCGCAGCAUGCUCAAGACCUUCGGCCUGACCGGCACGGUGCUGGAUGUCGACUCGACCAAUGAACUGGUUCAGGUGGAGACGUACUUGAGAAGUGAAGGGGUCCUGGUUCGCUUCUGGUACCCUCUGGUGAUGUUGGAGAAGCCGGCACAAGGCCUGAGGAAAGCCUCUAUUACGGGCGGCCAGACAAUGGACACAUCCAAUAUUUACAUUCACAGAGAGCUCCUGUCAGGAGAGAGCCAGCUGUCGCGCAUGUACCUUCGCGCAGCCUUCCUCCACCUGACCGACCAUUGUAACUCUCCAGCCAUGGAGGUCACUUACUGCUCCGCUAGCCUGGGCUCAGGGAUGGCCGCCUGUGCUGCCACACUACAGGAGCUAGACCUGGAGAACAUCCAACUCCUCUCAGAGCACCUCCUGAGUGCACCCUUUGGCCGCGGGUCACUAGGUGCAGUCAGCCCGGGUCAGGGGUCGCUCCUGUCACAACUGUCCCUGGCCCCUCUGGUCUCGCUGACCAGUCUGGUCUACGGCAACAGUCUGCGGCUGAAGCGAGAGUUGGCGGUGGCCAUAGCCCGCGCAUCACACCAGGGAGAAGACUACCUGAUAGAGCUCACCAACCAGCUGUGCAUGUGUCUGCAGGAACCCGCCAUAUCGCUCCCCGUGGGCCCGCAUCAGCACCUACACUGGCAAACGUAUCAAGAAAUGUGGCCAGGUCACUCGGCAGGAGAUGGUCUGCUACCCCCGCGACCUCCACAGCCAAUCGGGCAGCUGUGGUGGAGUGUGCCAGGCUGACCAGUUUGCCCCGGCUAUCAUCCCCGGCGACCAGGUGUUUGUCAAACUGGGCGUGUCCCCACCCCCUGGGGCGGCGGUCACCCUGCACGCACUCCCUCCGCAGUUCUUAUUGGCCGUGGCUUACAUGGAGACUCUGGUCACUGAGACGUUCGGCUGUGGUCUGCUGGCAUGUGGGGCUCAUCAGGCCGAGAGGAUGGACAGACACAGGGAAGGCAGCGAGAGCCGGGUCCCUGAUGCGGGUGUGUCUGGUAGUAGUUUGUCCAGCUGUAGCUCCCCCCUGGCCGUAGAGGAAGCGGCCGACAGCAACCCGAGCCUGUGGAGUCUGGACAACAUUUGCAUCACGCCGCCUGUCUUCCUGCACAUGAUCGAGUUCUUGUGCGGAUACCUGUGGAAGACGGACGUGCCUGCGCUGAUGAAGGAGUACAUGUUUCAGCUGUUGGCGCAGACGUUGAGAGUUUUACACUACAGCGAGGGGUGUCAGGACAGUCGACUCACCAAACUCAGCCAGAGGCUUAGUCCCACACAGGGCAUGCUGAACUCGCUGCCCAGAGAACUGAAGAAGUUGUACGACCUGGAGGUCAAGAACUUCCCUGAGAUGACCACGGCGGCUGGACACGGCCUGGGCCUGGGUGUGGCCGACAGCGGUCAGAUGUCCACCUACCUGCACGCUCUCAUGGAAGUGUGUCUGGCCAUCUCUGAGGUGAUCCCUUGUGAGAUGCCGCCGAGCAAAGAGUUGCCCGACGCUGCGGUGGAGGAGGGCGCGUCAGGAAGCAGUGCGGCUGUCGUCCCAGCUGGGAGCUCUAGCGGCAAGAAGAAAAAGCUCAAGCCCAGGAAGGAACGCAUGACGGCCAGUGCUAGGAGGUCCAGCUCUGACCAGCAGGGUAGUGGAGGUGGUAAUGCCGAGACAGCUGAGACCUUUGACCCCUCAGCCAUCACUAGCAGCAGCAGCAGCACCCUGCUCCCCCACAGCUCUCAAGGCGGGGCUGCUGGCUCGGUCAGUCGAGGGCCUCAAACCUCUGUCAGCUCUGGAUUCUCCUCUCUCACUCCACCACCCUCCACAUCCGCCUCUUCUUCUUCCUCUGCCUCCCACACUACUCCCGUGCGAGCGACCAGUGGCUCUCUGAGUCUGGGUUCGGGCACCAACCCUUCAUCCUCAUCUUCCUCCUCCAUUCGUGUCGACAAUAUGUCUUGGUUUCCUGUUGCCGCAUCGCUGUCGAAGAUUCUGCGCUACCUGGCUCUGAAGGAGGAGCAUUGUCAGUCGGAGGUUCGGGAUGCAGUGAAAGCUGCCGCCCUGUCGCUGCUGUCACCCACAGCUCACACUCGACUCUUGAUCAUCACGGGAAUCCCCACGUACCUGGACGUUUUCACAGUCAAGAAAUCCAUCCGUAAGGUUUGCAACAGCUACGGGGGUCUCGACCGAGACGAAAUCUUCAUUCCUGUGCCUGGGGAUCUAAAUGAGGGCUCGACGGAGGACAAAGAUGGUGGCAGUGGUGGUGGUGGUGGUACCACGGCUGGGAAUACAACCACUGUGGCCAGUGCUGCCACUCAGGUGACCGUUGUUCCGUCGUUGAGCGAAGAUGCACCUGCGUCUUCGUCCUCAUCCUACCCGUCCUCCCUGGGCUCUACAUCUCCUCGAGAGGGUCAGGAAGGAAGACCUCCAUCAGAGUCACACGCCGCAUCUCAGUCAACACCCACUACCCCAGUCAGCCCUGCCCCCACCCUCUCCGAUUCUCCGCCCACAAAAAGGAAAUCCAAGCUCAUCGAAGGCUACGCUGUGAUCAGCCUCCCGUCCAAAACCAAAGUAGACACAGUCCGUCGAGCGUUCCUCAAAACCAAAUGGCUGAAUCUCAAUCUGGGUGAGGAGGACGGGGAUUCGAACCUGGAAGCCCCCGAGGAGAACCUCAACGUCCAGACUGUCAACCAAGCACUGCUGACAGAGCCUGAAGCCAACGGGGCACUGGAGAGUUACCUGGCGUACAAACUCUCAGGUAAAUUCGGGGCCAACACCAUCGGACCAGCGGGCAACCAGGCGCUGUCAGAGAUCUUCUACAGCUGUUACUUUGUGGAUCAGCAACAGGACUCCGGGGAUAUCUGUCUGGGCAGAGAUCAAAUCCUCAACCCAGCCAGUGAGAACCUGCUGGCAGCUUUCUUCAACGCGGUCAGGCCCAGCAAAAAGCCGCUGGCUGAAGCCGUGACGUCCGCACUGCGACAGUACGGCAUUCACAAGCCACAGGACAAAGACUUGUCGCCUCUGUCCUCCGAGAAGGGCAGCAAAGGAAAAAGUACCAAGAAACCAGCGUCCAAGUCCCACAAAGAGAAACAAGCUCUAACCAUGGUGGAGAAGGGACAGAUGGAGAAGUCGCAGUCAGCAGACAAGGAGAAGAAAGAAGAGAGGAAGGAUGAGAGUGAGAAGAAAGGAGGGAAGGAAGGAGCCACUGCGGAUGUGUCCCCGAAGGAGUCUAAGAGUGUGUCCAAGUGUGAGAGUCGUCAGCUGACUUUGGACAGUUUCAUCCUGUACUGUGAGGAUCUGGCCCGGCAGGACCUCCGGGCGUUGUGGAAGGGACUCUUUGCCUGUGGCCUUGACCUACACCUCGAGAGAUGCAUGUGCCCGGACACAACAGCCAUGCUGGCGAUGAUGGGUGAGUGGACGCUGGAGAAAGACGCGGCCUUGGUCCACUACGUCAACGAGAUGUGUUGUCAGCUGGCUGUCUCCUCCUCACGUCUUCACGCACACGAGAUCAGACUGUCAGAGGCACAGCUAACAAAUGACAAGUUCUCCUGUCUCCAAGGUCUGCCUCUGGAAAGCGUGCGGCUGAGGUUUGCCUUCCUGCAGAACUUGAACAACUCACUGGAGACGUUCUUCCUGCCGCUGAUUGACCUCCGACCCUGUGGGGUGUACAGUCGCAGCACCGCCCUUGUCAUGUCACAGCUCAGGUCACUCAUCUUCUACGACACAAAGGUGAACUUCUUCAACCGCAUUCUGAACGCCACAGCCAAGAGAAAGCCGGACCAGGCAGCCCCAGAAAUCACUCUCAACCCCCUGGAGAGUAUUGGCACAGGUGACAAAAGCUGCCAGGCAAGCAUCCUGUGCCAGUCGUACCGCCAGUUAGCGUCCAUCAGUUCCCGCAAGCUGUGUGUGCGUCUAGCCAGUGGGGGAGACCCCACCUACUCCUUCAACGUGCGCAUGACGGGGGAGGAAGUCCAUGGAACCAGCGGUUCAUUCCGUCACUACCUGUGGCAGGUGUCCCGAGAGCUCCAGUCUCCCCUCAUGUCUCUGUUCCUGGCUUGUCCCAGCUCGGCCGCCGGGCUCAACAAGGGUCGGCUCAUCCUCAAACCAGGGAAGAUGACCUACUCGGAGGAAAAUCUGCUCAUCUUUGUCGGACAGUUGCUGGGCAUCACGAUCCGCGCUGACAUACCCCUUGGCCUUGACCUUCUAUCCACCGUGUGGAAACUGUUGGUGGGUUUGACCCUUGACCCCGGGCAAGAUCUCCUACAAGCUGAUGCUCUCACAUACAGAUACCUAAAGAGGAUUGAGAUGGCUGAGACAGAGGCGGAGCUGGAGAGCGUGUGUGGGGAGGUCGGCGCUCGCUUCGUCUACUCCUCUCUGACGGGCCAGGAGUUGGAGAUGAUGCCCGGAGGUCGCACCAUGGCUGUCAGGCACACACCAUGUACCAAGUGGGUCUCGUGGAGUCAGACCCCCACAUAGAAUAUUUCUGGGCUGCCCUUGAGUCUUUCAGUCAGGAGGAAUUGGCGAGGUUUAUCAAGUUUGCGUGUAACCAGGAGAGAAUCCCACAGACGUGUCCGUGCAUGGAGGGAGGUCCCGACUCGGCCCACGUCCCGCCUUACCCCAUGAAGAUUGCCCCUCCUGAUGGCUCCGGUUUGCCGGACGGGCGCUACAUCCGUGUGGAGACGUGCAUGUUUAUGGUGAAGCUGCCGCAGUACUCCAGCCAGGAAGUGAUGCUGCAGAGACUGCGCUACGCCAUAAACUGUCGCGAGGACCCACUCAGCGGAUAGAUUGUUCAUGACCCACCUGUGGGACGGGGAUCAUAGACCUACCAGGUGCUCUGAUAAAGUUUUGAUGGGUUGUUGGGGUUUUUUUUUCAUCAAAGAACUCCAAUCAGAUUUCUACAUGAAUAGCUUACGUGAUUAAAUUUUUAGGUGAUGGAAUGAUAUAUGUACCAGCAAUCAUUGUCAAGUUCUAAAGGAUUUUUUACAGAUGGAAGCAUUACAAGACAUUAUCAUCGUUCCACGAAGGCUAAAGUUGAAGUUUUCUGAAAAGUGAAGAAAAAGAGAGUGCCCAAAUGUUCGGUAAAGAAAUGCUAGGAAGGAAAUUGUGGAACAGGCUGAAACUAAAUCUCGCGUGAGAUCUUUAUUCUAGUAACAUAUUUAUCUUGAUACCCAUAGAAAUUAUUAGGGGCAAUUGUAGGACCAUGCUGAUGAUACAUACUCCAGGAUAGUUUUCAAGGUCUUUAUGGGAACAAUUCCUAGAGAAAGAAGGAAGUAGCACUUGUGCUACCACCAUUGCAGCUUUACAAAUGUUGUGCAAAAACCGGCAGAGUUACUUUUGUACAGUGGAAUGAAAAAGUGAAGGGAAUGUGUAUUGUCAGUGACAAGACUGGGGUAAUAAUAUCCUGUGGAGAAUGAGAGAGAAAGAGAGACCAUUGAAGAA